CUGUCAUUUAGAUGUUGAUAUGUAAAGCAAAAUGGCAAAAAUCAACACCCAGCACUCCUACCCUGGUAUGCACAGACUGACUGUCAGAACUACUGAUGAAGAUAUUGAAAGGAUUGAAAAUGGCUGUAUCAGAACCCAUUCACUGUGUGAGGAUGCGUCUUCGGAACUGCAGAGAGUCAUUUCUGCGGAGGGGAGACAUCUAUCUGAAUCCCAGACAAGCUCAUUCACAGGCAGGGGAGCAAUGGCAAGGCUAUCACGAUUUGUCAUAUCUGUGAGGUCAUGGGCCACAAGACAUUUGCACCAUGAAGACCAAAGACCUGAUUCUUUCCUAGAACGUAUCCGAGGGCCAGAGCUCAUAGAGGUGUCCAGUAGGCAAAGUAACAUCCGCUCCUUUCUGGGCAUCCGUGAGCGGCCUGGGGGAGUAAACAGUCACUGGCCCUUGGCCAGGUUUAAUGUCAACUAUAGCAACAACACCAAUGAAGACAAAAAGGAAGAAAAGAAAGAGGUUAAAGAGGAGAAAAAAGAGGACAAGAAAGAGGAAAAGAAGGAGGAAAAGAAAGAGGAAAAGAAAGAUGACAAAAAAGAUGACAAAAAAGAUGAUAAAAAAAAAGAAGAGAAGAAAAAAGAGAUCUUUGUGAUAGAUCCUUCAAGCAAUAUUUACUACCACUGGCUGACCAUAAUUGCUGCGCCUGUGUUCUAUAACUGGUGUAUGCUAGUGUGCAGAGCCUGCUUUGAUGAACUACAAUUUGACCAUAUUAAAUUAUGGCUGGUCUUGGAUUAUACCUCUGAUACCAUCUAUGUUCUUGACAUGUUUGUCAGAUUCAGGACAGGCUUCCUUGAACAAGGCUUACUAGUUCAGGAUGAAAAGAAAUUACGAGAUCAUUAUACCAAAACCAUGCAGUUCAAACUGGAUGUGCUGUCUCUUCUGCCAACAGACCUGGCAUAUCUGAAGCUUGGUUUGAACUACCCUGAACUGCGAUUUAACCGCUUGCUGAGGAUUUCUCGGCUUUUUGAGUUUUUUGACCGUACAGAAACCAGGACGAAUUAUCCAAACAUGUUUCGUAUUGGAAAUCUUGUCUUAUACAUUCUUAUCAUCAUCCACUGGAACGCGUGUAUUUACUUUGCAAUUUCGAAGCUCAUUGGAUUUGGAACUGACACUUGGGUCUACCCCAACGUGUCCAUUCCAGAGUACGGGCGCCUGUCUAGAAAGUACAUUUACAGUCUGUACUGGUCAACGCUCACGCUGACAACCAUUGGAGAAACACCUCCCCCAGUGAAAGAUGAAGAGUAUCUCUUUGUGGUCAUUGACUUCCUGGUGGGUGUGCUGAUCUUCGCUACCAUUGUCGGUAACGUGGGCUCCAUGAUUUCCAACAUGAAUGCCUCCAGGGCAGAGUUCCAGGCCAAGGUCGAUUCCAUUAAGCAGUAUAUGCAUUUCCGAAAAGUGACUAAGGAUUUGGAAGCUAGGGUUAUUAAGUGGUUUGACUACCUCUGGACCAACAAGAAAACAGUGGAUGAGAAGGAAGUUCUCAAAAAUCUGCCUGACAAGUUGAAGGCUGAAAUCGCUAUCAAUGUCCAUCUGGACACGCUGAAGAAAGUGCGUAUAUUCCAGGAUUGUGAAGCUGGACUUCUCAUUGAGCUGGUGCUGAAACUGAAACCUACGGUCUUCAGUCCUGGGGACUACAUUUGCAAAAAGGGAGAUAUUGGGAGAGAAAUGUACAUUAUUAAAGAGGGAAAAUUAGCUGUGGUGGCAGAUGAUGGCAUAACCCAAUUUGUAGUCCUAAGCGAUGGCAGCUACUUUGGUGAAAUCAGCAUCCUAAACAUCAAAGGUAGCAAAUCUGGCAACAGGAGGACAGCCAACAUAAGGAGCAUUGGUUAUUCUGAUUUGUUCUGCUUGUCUAAAGAUGAUUUAAUGGAAGCCCUCACAGAAUAUCCAGAAGCCAAAAAGGCUCUGGAAGAGAAAGGGCGACAAAUUCUGAUGAAAGACAAUUUAAUAGAUGAGGAAGCAGCAAAAGCAGGAGCUGACCCAAAAGACUUGGAAGAAAAAGUAGAAAGACUUGAAACAGCUCUGGAUACGCUGCAGACUAGGUUUGCUAGGCUCUUGGCAGAAUACACCUCAUCUCAACAAAAGGUGAAGCAGAGACUUGCCAGAGUAGAAACCCGAGUGAAAAAAUAUGGUAGUGGCACCUUAUCAGUUGGAGAAGCAGAGGCUGAAAACCCUGAGGAGGAGAAAAAGCAGUAAUGGAGUAUUUAUAGUUCCUUAUUUAUUGGAGACGGUUGAAGCACAUGAAAGCCAUAAAUGUAUGUAAAUAUGUGUGUGCAUACAUAGACACGAUUAUUUUUAUAUGAACUCGAGAGAAUGGUUUUUAGCAUUUUUAACUGAAGCAAUAUUUUCUUGUAAAUAGAACAUUGCCACCUUCUUGGGGGAGAUUUUGGUCUGGCAUUUGGGUACUUUUUUGUACUGGGAGUGGGAUUCUUACAGGUCAUGCUCAGAAUGUCUAUUAUGUAUGUACAUGUAGGUCCAUAUGUUGUCUCGUCCCAUGCAUGUUGCAUUAAGAAGGCAUUGUAACUUAAAGUAGAAGAGAUUG